AUCUCGCACUCGGCGCUCGGCCGCGCCGCUGAUCGCGAGUAUAUAACGCGUGUUCCUCCCGCGCGUGUAAAUAUUUGUCACACUUAUCGCGUACCUUCUUAUUUCUAUUUUUUUUUUCCCCCACAUCGUGCAGCAUCGGCUCCAGCCCGGGAGGCCUAUUUUUUUUUUUUUACUCUUUAGUUACAUUUUAAUUUACGUUUUUCUUUUUUGUUUCGUUCUUUUUUUCCCUCCCCUUUCCCACUUCUGUUGGCUUCGAACGACUGAUCGGGAAGACUUUUUUCCACCAAAGUUUUACCCAUAUCGUUUUGUGCAGUGCUACCUCGUGGGACAUCGAGAAAAUCUCAAUUUCAAGAUCGCCCUUGUGCCUAAUCUUAUCGUUCACAAAGAGGCAAUGGGCUCGUCGACGAGUAUCUUGUGGGGCAGCGAGAGCACGGCCCCCGACCCGGCGACAGGACUCACGGCCAGACAAAAAAAGAUAGUCCAGAGCACGUGGGCCGUCGUCAGGAAGGACCCGAUAGUCAACGGCGUGGCCAUCAUGAUUGCGUACUUCAAGGAGCACCCCGACUACCAGAAGCUGUUCAGCGGGUUCAAGGACGUGCCGUUGGAGGAGCUGCCGGGGAACAAGAGGUUCCAGGCCCACUGCCAGAGCAUCAUGUCGGCCCUGAGCAACGUGAUCGAUGCCAUGGGUGACCCGUCGCUGCUCGAGGCCACCCUAGGGGCCAUCGGCGAGAGGCACCACAGGCGCGGCCAGACCAAGAAACAAUUCUUUGAACUGAAAGACGUGGUGAUGGAGGUGCUGAAGCAGAAAUUCGGUUCGAAAUUCACGGCCGAGGUGGAAGAGGCCUGGAGCAAGAUCCUCGACGCGGCUUUCACCGGCAUGUUCAGCGCCGUCCCCGCUGUUUAACAAAUCUUUCUCUCGCGGAACGGUUCGCUGCUUGCGCCCCAAGAAAAAAGAAAAAAAGAAGAAAAAAAAAAUCAUGUCAUCUCGCACCUUUCAUUUGACUAUAUAUAUGUACUCAUUGGGUUCAUCCUCACUUGCAACUACGAAUUGUUUUGAGUCGGUGAUGGGACACACUAACUGAUAAAAGUCCUAACUAUCCAUGUAAACAAAGCUCCAUCGAAGGUGGUAUUUUAAUACCGAAAAGUUAAAAAUUUUCUAUUUAUGAUAUUAAAAAAAAAGAAAAAAAGACGACGACGAUAUUCUUUUGUAACGAGUGUAUGUGUAAAUAAUAAUAAUAAUAAUAAUAACAAAUUAGUACAAGGCGCUUUAUCAAUCAGAGUGAAUCGUAUUCAGCUUUUUGAACAUCAAGUUGAAUACUUUGGUGCACCUUAAAUAUUGACCCGACGUACGCUGUAACGUACAGAUAAGUUCAAGCUAACGCUUUUAAACAAAUGAACCAAGAUACGUAAAUGUACAUUUUUUUUUUUUUGCUCUGCGUUAAAUUUUUCAAGCUCAAGCGUGGCAUUUGUGGAAAAAAAAAAAAAAAAUGUAAGUAAUUUAAAUCCCAAAGUUGAAAGAAAACAAACUUUCGUGAGUACAUCGGGUCGACGCGAUCAAUUGAUUUUUUACUCAAAGUAAGUAUAUCAUUGUCGCGAAUGAAGCAAAGUGUGACCUUGUAAAUAAUUAAUACCCACGUCAAAAGUAUAAAGAAAAAAAAAAAAAAGAAAAAAAAAGGCACGAAAAUUUGCGUAAUAAAACAAAGUACAAGUGCGCCCUCGCGGUAAUACACUCGUCCCCGUUGAACAUGUUGCCGUACAACAAAACAAGAAUUCGUUUGGGAAAAACUGCGUUGUACCGCGAAUACGAGUCGACUGUUCCGCGAGCGCGAGAAAGAGAGCCACAGAGCACGAGUUUCCCACUCCGAUCGAUAAAAUCGCGGCCGCAUAUGAAACACAUGCACACACACGCGCGCCACCCCCUUUUUUCUCUGCCACCGCAGCCUCCCCCCUUCACGUGUUUCAUGUUCCGCGAGUCUUUCCCUGUACCUACCUCCUUCUCCACCUUAUCCUCCUAUUUUUGCGCAGAGCACACAUUGUAUUCAUCACUGUGGUGUACAUUCACACGUAGGUAAGGGAGAGAUAACGUCGAGACGGGGGUUGUUGUAUUUUGCCCUGCACGCUGGGACAACAAUAGAGGUCGACCUGGUAUUUUUGUUCGUUUCUCGGAAAAAAAAAAAAACAACAUGCCAUUUGAAAAUAGUAUGCAGACACAAUCGUAUAUGCGUAUAACAACCGUAAUGCUCUCGUCUACGUCUGCGGGGUGAAAAAGUUGAUUCCGCUCAAAGCUCUCUUUAUCGAUUCAUUGGAUAUUUAUAUUCAUGCUCACCCGGGUAACCGUAACGACUUGUGUUUAUUCCGAGUUGCUAGAUUUUUUUUUUGUUGUCUCAAGCGCUUCUUCUCGGAGUGUGGGUUCCAUCAGGCAAAUCAAGGCAUCACCAUAACAAUGACAACCAACUAACUCUUGCACAACGUUACUUUCAACGCGUCUUACGUGAAUAUAUGACUCGGUGACUAUUGCAUGUAUAUUAUAUUAAUAAUAAUCAUACACACUUGUGUGGGCACAUAAUUGUAUGGAUUCGUAACAAGUAUAUAUACAAUACAAAAACGCUACAUUUAUUUUUUUAACAAAACCUUUUUUCUGUACUGUGCUCCGUUUAACAUGUUUUUGUAAUAAAUUUUAUUGUAAAAUGCAUAAAACCUCUUUACGCCAA